UUAAGAUUAGGGAAUACCAACUCUGCCAAUCCACCCCUCUGAUGUUCGUGGGCGCCGCCUCUACGAAGUUUGUAGCAUGACAUAGUAAAGGCCAACUAUAUGAACUGUCAUAACACAAAAUAUCGACGGUAAUCUCGAAAUGUUGGUUCUGGUUUUGGGUGAUCUCCAUAUUCCAAAUAGGUGCAAUGCAUUGCCAGCAAAGUUUAAAAAGCUUCUUGUUCCUGGUCGAAUCCAUCACAUUCUCUGUACUGGAAACUUGUGCUCCAAAGAAACACUGGACUAUUUGAAAACACUUGCAAGUGAUGUGCACAUAGUUCGUGGGGACUUUGACAAGAUCUCUAGCACCUAUCCUGAGCAGAAGGUAGUCACUGUUGGUCAGUUCAAAAUUGGCCUGGCCCAUGGCCAUCAAAUUGUACCUUGGGGUGAUCCAGAAUCUUUGGCAUCUCUUCAAAGACAACUGGGAGUGGAUAUUUUGAUUACAGGACAUACUCACAAAUUUGAAGCAUAUGAGCAUGAUGGAAAGUUCUUCAUAAAUCCAGGCUCAGCUACUGGCGCAUACAAUCCUAUUAACAAGUCUGUCAUUCCUUCUUUUGUCCUUAUGGACAUUCAAAGUUCUACAGUUGUCACCUAUGUUUACCAGUUAGUAGAUGAUGAAGUUAAGGUAGAGCGAAUCGAAUACAAGAAAAACUGAAAUUUAUAAACAAAAA